UACAAAUAUUUAUCGAUAAAAGAAUUGGAAUUUCAACCAUCUUUCAUGUUUGAUGUUUUUAUUUGGCUUUAUUUUGGAUUUUCUACUAAACUAAAUUAAAACAAAUUAAAAAAAUGGCAAAAGUUUCGGAAAAAUUAUUUAAAAUUUUCGUUUACGGUACACUUAAAAAUGGAGAAUUCAAUCACUCUUUAUUAACUAAUGCGAAUAACGGUUUUGCAAGAUAUAUAGGCGAAGGGAAGACUGUUCAAAAAUAUCCACUUAUUAUAAGUACCCGAUUUAAUAUUCCAUUCUUGUUGGAUAAAUGCGGUCGUGGCCAUAAUGUUAAGGGUGAGGUGUAUGAAGUGGAUGAAGAAAUGUUGAAAAAAUUAGAUGAAUUAGAAGAGUAUCCAGAAUAUUACGAUCGUGAAAUACAAGAUAUAAGAAUGGAAAAAAAGGAUGAGGUUGAGAAGUGCUGGUUAUAUUUAAUGAGAAACUGCCCGGACCACUUAUUGCAAAAACCAUUGCUCAAUUCCUACCACAGUAGCCCAGAAUUUCCUUAUAAACCAAGGUCUGAGCGCGAUUCAAAUAUAAAUAUUAAAGACGAAAUGAUUUAAUGAUAAAAAAAAGAUAUUACCGGAAUGAUAUUGCAAACAAUUUAAGCUUAAACAUGCAUUUCUAUUUCCAUAUACUUUUAGAGUGAAAAGUAAAAAAGGAUUCCAAUUUCAAUUUUACCCAUUAGAAAAAUGAAGAUGAGAAGAUUCUAAGAAUAUGUUGGCAAUCAGUUCAAAUAUAAAUUAAUUAAAAAUUCUUUGUAAAUAUUUCAAUGCAUUUAAACAUUUUUAUUUCCAAAAUAAUUUAUAUUAAUAGAGACACAUUAAACGACAAUUCAUAUCAAUAUUUUAUUAAUUUUCAAUUUCUUUAUUUACCCGUUUAAUCUAUUGAUUACAUAAGAAAAGUAGAACCGGGUCUUGUAGCUUACAAAGCCAUUUUGUAAAGUAUUAAACAAGGUUAACGUUCUGCGGCUGCACAUCAUUUUUUCUCAAAAAAUAAGGUUAUGAUGGCUUUGAGAAACAAAAAAAAAAAUAUAUAUAUAAUAUAUAUAUCUAUAUACGUAUAUAUAGAUACAUUCAAGCGAUCACGUAAAAAACGGUAUUUAUAAGAUUUGUUUGCAGUUUUUUGACAGCAGAGAGUUGGCGGAUUAUUAUAAAAAUAUAAAACGAAGUAAAAAAUACAAUUUACUAGCAAUGGAAAUAAAAAUGGAAUAGGAAGUCCAUUACUCUUUGUUAUAACA